AUGGACGUACUCCGACGUCUGCUCUUCGGCGACGGCGACGAUGGAGACGACGGCGGAGGAGGCGCGCCGCCCGGGUCGCCGCCAACCAUGAAGUUCGAAGGCCCGUGGUUCGCGACGCAGAUCACUAUCUCCAGUGCGCUGGGGCUAAGCUCGUUCUUGAUAUUCUGCUACUGCAGAACGCGCUGGCCUUUGCUGUUCGCGCCGCGUACGAAGCUCAAGGGCUUCUCGCCACACGAGGCGCACGCGCAUACGGCGUAUCUGGGGUGGCUGUGGCCGACGCUCAAGACGAGCGAGUAUACUGUGCUGCAGAUUGUUGGGUUGGACGCUGCUGUGUUGCUGAGCUUCUUCAAGAUGUCUUUCUACCUGUUCUCGACGUUAUCGCUAUUUGCUGUUGCUGUACUCAUGCCUGUGAACGUCAAGAACAACAUCGGUAUUGGCGACGAGCCAGACGACGGAUGGAACCGCACCGUCGGCUUCGCACCAAACACUACACCAAACACCACCGUCCCCUCACAACCCACCAACCCACCCUCAGGUGGCCGCGACUGGUACGAAAUCAUCGGCGACGCCAACUCCUACCUCUCCGUGCACCUCCUCUUCACCUACCUCUUCACCAUCUUCGCCCUGCGCUUCAUCUACUCCAACUACCGCCGCUUCGUCAAGACGCGCCAGCUCUUCUCGCUCGAGCUCGUGCACAGCAUUCCCGCGCGCACGGUCAUGGUGUCGCGCCUGCCGCCGCACCUGCGCGGCGAGCGCGCGCUGGCGGAGCAUUUCGAGCGGAUGGAGCUGCCCGUGGAGAGCGUCAGUGUUGUAAGGGAGGUCGGGAUGCUGAAGAAGCUCAUUGAUCAGCGGACGAGGGCGCUGCUGGAGCUCGAGAAGGCGUGGACGGACUAUGUGGGCAAUCCGAGCACGGUCGAGAGCUAUGAUCCGAGCGAUCAUGCGCUGUUUGGGGACGCGGAGAGCGGGCCGCCGGCGAGGGUCGUUGUGCCGCAUCGCAAGCGGCCGACUAUGCGCCCCGGGUGGUUGAGCGGGAGUGUGGACGCGCUGGAGUAUUUGGAGAAGCGGUAUGUGGAGCUGGACGAGGCGGUUAGGCGGAAGAGGCGGUUGGGGAAGUUCCGCGCGACGGAUAUCGCGUUUGUGACGUUCGAGCAUAUGUCCUCCGCUCAGGUCGCGGCGCAGGUCGCGCAUAGCGGGACACCCUUCGCGCUCGAAACGUCGCUCGCGCCGGAGCCGCGCGAUGUAGUAUGGGCGAACAUGGAGCGGAGCACGCGCGCGGACUGGGUGCGCGAGGCCCUCGUGCUCGGCAUGCUCGUCCUGCUGUUCUUCUUCUGGAUCAUCCCCAUCACGGCCCUCGCUAGUUUGCUGAGUUACGACGAGAUCAAGAAGGUCAUGCCGUGGCUGGCGAAUCUUAUCGAUAGUAACGAUAAAGUGCGCGCUAUCACGCAGAACUCGUUGCCGUCGGUUGCGAUGAUCAGUUUGAAUGCGCUGUUGCCGUUCGCGCUGGAGGCGUUGACGUAUUUGCAAGGGUAUAGGGCGAGGAGCUGGAUCGAGUAUUCGCUUAUGAAGAAAUACUUCAUGUUCUUGCUCGUCAACGUCGUCUUCAUCUUUCUGCUCGCCUCGACGUACUGGCAACUCGUACGCGACCUCGCCAACUCGCCCGCCCAAGUCCCCGAGAAGCUCGCCCAAGCCCUACAGAAAGGUCGCGCGCGCCACUUCUUCCUGUCCUACGUCAUCCUGCAAGGGCUCGGCAUCAUGCCCUUGCAACUGCUCAAUCUGGGCAUCAUCGUCCCGCGCAUCGUCCGCCGCGCUUUCACGAGGACCCCGCGCGACUUUGCCGAGCUCAACGCGCCGCCGAUGGUCAACUACGGCGUGGUCUACCCCCAAGCGAUCCUCAUCUUCGUGAUAACGCUGCUAUACAGCGUUAUUCAACCCCUCAUCUUACCCUUCGGCGCCCUAUACUUCGCCGCGGCCUACGUCGUCUACAAAUACCGCCUCCUCUUCGUCUUCUACAAGCCCUACGAGUCGCACGGCCAGGCGUGGCCCAUAACCUUCUCCCGCCUCAUCUGGGGCGUCGUCAUAUUCCACAUCUUCAUGAUCGGCAACUUUUUGCUGGCCAAGGCGUUUGUCCUCAGUGCGCUGGUGGCGCCGCUGAUUCUGGGCACGCUGGCGUGGGCGUGGUAUAUUGAUCGCCAGUUCAGGCCGCUGAGCAAGUUUGUGAGUUUGAGCAGUGUGUUUGAGGUGCAGAGAGGGGUGGAGACGGAGGAGGUGUUGAGGUUGAGGGCGGGGCAUCCGGUUACUUGGUCGCAGAGCAACUUGAACCGCUCAAGAUACGCUCAGAACGAUGAUACAUUGUACGUCGCGCCGGAGGAUAUGCGCACGGAUUAUAGUCAGCCGCCUAUGGCGAACUGGUAUAACGGCGUAUUAAAUACCGGUAAACGGCGUUUCGGACAUCCUGCGUUGACUGGUUCGUUGCCCACGCCUUGGCUUCCGCUCAAGAAGGGCGAGACGCUCGCGAACCGUAACGGCGGACCCCAGAGUAGCGAAGCUGUAGUCCUCACGCUGCGCAACCGUUACAGCAUGGCCCGACGCGCCAUCGGACGUAGUCGAGACGCCUUACAAACCUCCCUCCAACCAUCUUCAAUCCAACCUACGAGCCAAUCAGCACCCCCGUCCCCCUCCGGCGACGGCGAGCACAACCGACUCGUUGACCGCCCAAGCACCGCACGAAGCAGAACGACGCCACAUACACACGCGCAUAAUCUGAGCCAUAGGCUGAGCUAUGACUUUGCGAGCGGGGUGAUUGUGUUGCCCGAGGAUGCGGAUGCGUGGUUGGGGCUUGAGGAGGAAGAGGAAGAGAGCGGGGACGAGGAUUAUGGGGAUGUUAUCGGGGUUGGCGGGGGCGCGAUUGCGCCGGUUAGUCAGCCGUUGCUUGGGGAGGGCGAGGGGAGGAGUUAUGGGGCGACUGCUAAUGAGGGCGGUGGUGGUGGGGAGGGUAGUGGUGGGGCUGGACAGGGAGGGGCGCGGCCGAGGACGGUUAGUAGGAGUCGGUAUGGGACGUACUUUCAUCAUCCGGAGAGGAGGCAGAGGCAGACUAUACCCGGCGCGUUUCCUGGGCCUAGUCCGAGCUCGCAGUAG